AUGUCAUCGAAGAAGAACAACAAGGAGAAGAUGAUGCGGCGGAAAGAGGAGAAGAAAGAAGAACCAGAAACACCCAGGUAUUGUGAUCAUGCUAAGGAGUGUCGUGAAGAUCAAAACCCAGAUUAUGAACCUACAGAACUUGGUUCAUUUGAUGCAGUGGUCUACUAUGUCCUUUGUAAUCUGUGUAAUUCUUGUAUCGCAAUGAUAAAUGUAAAAAGUUUCUUGUUCUGUCUUGUCUUGAUACUUGUUCUCUUUGUGGCCACGAGUUGUUUCUUCAAUUCCGAGCUGUAUGUGGUCCUUUUGGAGCUCUUGUUCCUUUAUGGACUCGGUGUUGCGUCUGAGAGUGUGAAGUUUGGUGCAAAUCAGCACGUGUUGGGAAUUGAUGUCGGGUUGUUGAGGCAGAUCAAGCUUUCGACUUGGAGAGCCUAUGCGUCACUCUGCCACCUAUAG